GUAUUCCCACGACUAAGUCGGGCGCGUCACGUUUUUUCGCAGUCGCUGAUAUCCGUGGAGUCAAUGGGAGGAUCGUCGGUAUCGUGUCAGUCAGCGAUGUGAAUUGUCGCGUUGAUAUUAUCGACUGUAAACACUACUUGGCGCGUAGUUUUACCCCAACUGCAGUAGUCAUGUCCGUUAGCACACGAUCCAUUGAUUUUGUGAAUUUUAAUUUUACUAACGAGUCCACGAUGGACGCGUGCUUUGGUGCUUUCGACAAGGACUGCGACGGUAAGCUGAACCUUGAAGAGUUUCGCACGCUUUGCGGGGCGCUCUUCCGUAAUGGCAAGGGUGAGACGUACAACGUCGACGACGGCACUUUGACGGAGAUUUUCAAAAUUUUCGACACGAACGAUGACGACCACAUCGAUAGAGAUGAGUUCGUGUUCUGCUGGCACCACUGGAUCAAAGUCAUCGUCAAACCCGUCUCCGCCAUUCUGGUCAUCGACGUCCAAAACGAUUUCAUCUCAGGCAGCCUCAACAUUUCCAACUGUCCGGCGAAACACAACGGCGAAGACGUCAUCCAACCGAUCAACAAUCUCCUUGAAACGGUCGACUUCGAAACUGUCGUCUACUCCUACGACUGGCAUCCUAUUGAUCACGUGUCUUUCAUUGAUAACAUUUUCUUAAGAAAACUGCACGAAUCCAGCCCGAUUAAAGCCGAAGACGCAAAGGUGUACGACACUGUUAUUUUUGACAGGGAUCCGCCGAUGCCGCAAAAACUCUGGCCAAAACACUGCGUACAAAACACCUGGGGGUCGGAUCUGCACAAAGACCUUAAGGUGGUGGAAAACGCAACGAAAAUAUACAAAGGAACCAACCCGGACGUGGAUUCGUACUCCCUGUUCUGGGAUAAUCAAAAAUUAGCAGCCACCAAGUUAGAUCCACUCUUAAAACAGAAACACAUCACCGAUCUGUAUUUGUGUGGGGUGGCUUACGAUGUGUGCGUCGCCUAUUCCGCAAACGACGCUCUCUCUGCUGGAUACAGGACUAUCAUCUUGGAAGACUGCUGCAGAGGCGUCGAUCUCCUAGAUAUUGAGAAAAUCAAGAAUUAUGUCAAAGAAAAUCACGGCGUUGUGGUCCAUUCGAGCCAAGUUAAAGAUAUGAUUGACGGCAAUGACAGAAAGCCCGAGUUAGGUUACAAAUUAGCUUUGGAGCUGAAGCACAAUAGACAGUGAUUUCGUUGUAGAGCUUCCAAGAUGUCUAGACAAUUUUUCUCGCUUUUAGGUUGUAGGGUUUUCUAUUUUCGUUUAAGAUUGUUAAAUGCGGCGUACUUAAGCAUUAACUUAUUGUUGUUAAUUAAAUUAAAGUUUACUGAAACACAACAUAA